GCCACUAUAAGUACCAGUGAUACUUAUAGUAAAUAAACACAUGGUACUUGAAGGUUAAAAUAUUAAUCAAAGUAAUUCAUAGACAUGGCUACUGCAAUGAGGAAAGAAUUUUUGAAAGCGAAAAAAAUGACACAUCCAAAUAGCAGAAAGUCUAUUGCCAUUGCAAAAAGAGCUAAAAAAAUAUUAAAUAGACAGAAAUCAAAAAUGAAUGGUAUAAUAAAACAGAAUUUAAUAGGAGAGAAAAUGUUAUGGAUCAAAGAACACAUGGUUUCAGAUGUGUGUCCAUAUACUCCAGAGUUAACUGCACAUUUGUUAGAAACGUAUAUAGCAAGAAAUGAUGAAGAAAUGGAACAAAUUAUUAUCAAAAGAUCUAUCGGUGCUAAAAGGAAUAGACAGCAUGCUAGUAGGGAAGAUGUCAUUAGGAUGACCAAAGAAAGAGAACAAGAAGAAUACAAUACAUGCGGAAUAGAAAUUCCUGAUAUUUUGAAUGAAACUCAGUGUGAGAUGUUAAGGAAUUGGAAUGGUGAAUUAAAAUACAUGAGUAAUUUUAAAUUUAGAAGAUUUGGUAAGAAACAUUUAAAUGAAGCAUUACUGAAAGCAAGUAAAGAGUCAAAAGAAAGCAAAGAUAUGCAAACAAAAAUUCAAGAAAAAGCAGAAAAUCCUUCUAAAGAAAUUAGGCCAGAAAACAAGGAGAGUUUAUUAAGUAAAUCAACUGAUUUAGGUGAAAAUAACCAAUCUACAGAUUGUGAUAUGGAAAUAGAAUAAAUUUUAUACAUAUA